UUUGUUUGUAACAGGAAAACUGGAGCUGCUCUUUCUACUCUCCUAUUUUUUAAGUAUCAACUUGUAUAAAAUGAUCGUAAAGAGCUGGCGUCCAUGUGUUUAGUGUUAACUCCAGCAUCAUGAGCAAUAACGAGUCUUUCCUGGGUGAUUUGUACGAAUUAGAUAUUCAAACCACAGACACACUGAGGUUGCCGGAGGUACACCGGCCCGUUAAGAUCGGGAUUAUUUUGGCCCUGGGUGUUAUGAUCACUUUGGGGAACGUUGCCGUGGUGUCAGUCAUUUACUCCGCGGUACCGGGUUGGUCGCGGAAUUCACGGUAUUUUCUGUUAUCGUUAACCGGCGCGGACUCGGCGUUCGGUCUGAUCGUCAUGCCGUUGAAUCUGUGCGUCAGCCUGCUGAAGGACUACAGCAACGAGCCUGACCCGUUCUGUCACGUGGUGGCCUUCUUUAACGCCACCGUCUACUCCACGUGCAUGUACACCUUGGCCAGCAUCAGCCUGGAGCGCUACGUGGCCGUGUUUUUCCCGCUGCAGUACUCUACGCUGCUGACCCGGAGACGCGCCCUAGCGCUCAUCGCAUUCGCCUGGCUCUUUCCUCCUGUCCUUCUCGUGCCCAUAUCGUGCCCGGAGGGAAUCAUAGACGUGUAUUUCUCCACGGCGUCCUUGGUGUGCAACCCGUCGUACUCCAGCAACGUCACGUACUCUCUGACCCUUACCGGCUUCAUCUUCUUCCCCUGCUCGGCCCUUAUGACCGUCUGUAACCUCAGGCUGUGGGUCGCCGCCAGGAGGCAGAGGAGGAAGUUGAGGAAACACGGCUCGGGUCGAUGGACUAGGCCUAACGUGGCUUCGCGCGUGCUCGUGCCCGUCAUGUCCGCCUACUACACGUGCUGGACCCCCUGCAUGGUCAUCAUGAUCUACACCGCAAUAUCAGGCAGUGGUGUCCCCGAGUGGGUGGAAUUUGUGGCCGUCUGGUUACCGACAUCUAAUGGGUUCCUCAACUGUAUCUUUUACUUUUGGAUUAACCAGAGCUUCAGGAGAAAAUUUCACUCUGUCCUGCAGAGGGUUUGUUUCAGACCUUGUCCUGACAGCAAACUUGCACACAACUCUGUGAUGGCUACUCUGAAUAACAACACUGUGCAUGAAAGGUCCUCCAGCGUGUCGUCCACUUGCACUUUACUCACAAUUGCUGUUGAGACCUACAUCUGACAGCAAGAGGCCAAGUGGACCUCAAACAGCUGAGCAUCCAGGGGUUUAAAAGUACUUUCUUAGUCAUGUGGGAAUGGAAAAAGGGAUAAUGACACACCUGUGAAUCACUGGUAUGGUUCAUUUCAUCCUCCUUACUUAUACAGACUUUUAGCUUGUGGGCAAAUUGUGCCUUUUUUUUUUUUUUUUUUUUUUUUUUACAUUCAAUGCACUAUUACACUUUUUUUUCUCUUUUUUUUCUAUUUAUUUUAAGUUACACACCUUUUACUACUUCUUACUACUUGUUUUUCUCCUAUUCUGCAAUUUCUUCGUUUUUCAAUUUACCUUUUACAGCCGUCAGCUUUUCUUACAGUAAUAAACCACAUUGGCUGGAUUUCCACUGCAACAAUUUUUCUCUAAUUUUAAUGUUCAGUCAACUGCAUAAUGGAAGUUGUGUUCUGUCAGAUUUUAUCAAUAUGUCAACAGCCGGCAGUACAAAAAGGUUAACCUUUAUACAAAAGGAAAGUAAUUAGGCACUUAGUGUCAUAUAAAGGUCAGCUCAGCUAUGUCUGUUGGAAUGUUUUUUUCUUUCUUUUCAUUUGGUAGAGUUCCAUGUUCUCCCUUAUUUCCUCUCCUGUUUCAUGCACAUUUAAUUUAAAUGUAAGGGGUAAAUAUAAUUUUUCUGGCACUUUCCUUGUAAACUAUCUUGUCUGUUGUAGAUUAUUAUUUUUUAUAUAA